GAAAAAAAAAACAAUGAAGAAUAAUGAACGAACGAAUAUAGUAACUUUUGAAAGACUUUCGCCAAAUAUUUAACGUUAUGAACAUUCAAUUAAGACAUUAGAUAUGUCUGGUUCAAAGACAGACCAGCGUUUUGCGGAUUAUUUCGUGAUAAGUGGCCUGGAUGUGACGUCUGGGUUGGAACCUGAUCAACUUUCGGGUGAGAAUCUUCACUGUGCACCAUUGUUUAGACCCUAUAAAUCACGAGUAUUGGCCAAUUAUCCAGAUUCUUUGCCAUGGAACCCUAUAGACAAAGACGCCAUUGGAAUGCUGUGCUUGCCGAAAGGUUUAACGUUUCGGACCGAGAGACAGUCGAGAAAAGCAAAGUUUCACUCAUUCAUUAUAACGAGAGAAGAUGGUUCUAGAUUGUACGGAUCUUCCUAUAUAUUCUACGAGGAGGUCACCAAUGCCCAGAUCUGUGCGGCCAUGCAAACAUUACAGCAUAUGCACGAGGCCGAGGUUUCCAACAUACAUACUCAGAAUGUAGUGUCAAUACAAGAACCUCUGCGAGAUCAAAGUCCACUGUUGGAAUAUCGAAUCAUUAACCCUGACGAUACUUACGACAUCAAAAUUGAUAAGUUAUACGUAACUAAAAGCAUAUGUCUUAUAUCACAAGUUCAGUUUGUUUCGGCACCGAGGACUUUUCUAAAACAACUUUGCGAUGCGGUUACAAAGCCGAUCAGUUUUCAACAGCCGUUGGAGGCGUAUGUGUACAAUCUACUUUACGAUGUGCCGUUACCUCCCCCUGGCAGGAGCAUGAAGUUUUACGGAGUAACCUCCCCUAUAUUUUGUCAGAGACCAAUGGCAUGGGAUAAUACAAAAGGCACCGGUGAGUUACCAUUGUUUGAUUUCUCACUUUGGGAUCUGGUUCGGUUAUUAGGUCUGGAUCAUCUGGUGCAACUGUUCGCCAGCGUUCUACUUGAGCACCAGAUACUCCUUUACUCAUCAGAUUACCAUCGUUUGAUGUUGGUGGCAGAGAGUAUAAAUGAGCUGAUAUUCCCGUUCACAUGGCAACAUGUGUAUGUUCCAAUCUUGCCAGCAUCGUUACAACAUUUUCUGGACGCGCCUGUACCGUAUAUAAUGGGCUUACAUCAUGCGGAGGAAGAUACCUCUAAGCCACAACUUCCUAAUGAAGCAAACUUGUGUUUUGUUGAUAUUGACAACAACAGCGUACAAGUGCCUGAAGAUCUGCCCUCAUUUCCCUUUGAGCAGGAGUUGAAAGAAGAACUUUAUCAGGCUAUUGUUAGUAGUAAAGAACGAAUGCUUAAAGAGACAUUCAUUGACAGUGUGAUUUCUAGUCCUAAACGGAAACCUCUUAGUAAUAAAUUUACUAGUGUUGCGUCUGAACCGGUUCUGAAAAAGGCGCAGAGUUCGCCUGGUCUCGAAAAAAUGGAAAUCUUACAGCAGAGUGAAGCGUGGUCAAAGAUAUCGGCAAUAGCGAAGAAAACUGGAGUUUGGAAUAAAGAUUUUCAGAAUUACGAUUCAGAACAAACAACGAAGAUUGCCAAAGAGGAGACGACGAAAGAGAAGUUUCAGGACUUGGCAUCGAUGCCAAGUCGAGAAUUAGAAGAAUUAAAGUUUAAUAACUCGAUUCGAGAAAUAUUUUUAAACAGAUUUGUACAGAUGUUUUGUUGGUAUGAAGAAUUUGUGAUACUAAAUUCACAGGAUAUGGACUCUUGGUUGAGUAACCGUGAGUCGAUGCAGAAUUUUGAUAAAGCGUCUUUCCUCAGUGAUCAACCUGAAACUUACUUGCCUUUUCUUAGUCCGUUUCUAGAGACACAGAUGUUUGCUACCUUAAUUGAUAAUAAGAUCCUGUCCAAUUGGGAAGAGUCGGAGUUAAAUCUGAAAGUGUUUCAUAGCCGCGUAAAGUCACUGCGAGAAGGUUUAGAUAUUUCUGCGCCUAGAUCUCAUAUCUAUGUUCAUUGCUCAAGAAUAAAAGACUCUGAGAUUCUGAUAGAGAAAAGAUCCUCAUACAUAGAUCAUAUAGCCAAGAAACCACAGUUGCCAGAGGGGAGUCCUGAUCCACCAAAUAUUGAGCUUGGUUUCUUCCCAAUACUAGACAAAAAUAUACUCAACUCAGAAGCCAAUUUAAAGCCAAAGAUGAAAGACAGUGCCAAAUGGAGAAGAAAGGACCGACUAUUACAACAGUCGGAACAUUUGAAGCUCAACUCACGACAAAGAGAGUUGUCACUAGAAGGUUCUGUUGCUAAGCAAACCUGGCUAAUGACUAGAGCCACAUUUAGUUUCAAUCCCGAGGAUGUGAGCUCCGAGUCUGACUCUGAUUCAGAAGAAGAGAAUAUGUUAACAGGAGAUUUUGAAAAAUAUAUGGCAGAGGCGCGAAGUAAGUCAUUACAGCCGAGACUGACGGAAAUGGCUGCAGGAGGUAUGGCUCAAACCAACUGGAAAUUUGUGGAAGCUUUGCUCAAAGAAUGUAAAACCAAGACAAAGCGAAUGUUGGUAGAGAAAAUGGGACAAGAGGCUGUAGAAUUAGGUCAUGGUGAAGGUAACAUUACAGGUGUUGAGGAGAACACAUUGAUAGCAAGUUUAUGUGACCUGUUAGAGAGAAUCUGGAGUCAUGGUCUUCAAACUAAGAAGGGGAAGUCAGCAUUGUGGUCUCAUCUUCAAAACUAUGUAGAGAUAGAGGAAGGUAACAGUGACACUGGGAGACAGGUUGACCCGAACCUGUUGUCCCCAGGUAAUAAACCGGAUUGCCACGUGUUGGUUCCCAAAGGGAUGAGAAGGAGCAAAUCUCUCGACAUAAACUCAUUUGCUGAUCUCUAUGUUACCUUGUGCAAUUUAUCUUCCAUGGCAUUGACAGAAGGGGAGAAAACUGUGAAACGUGGGCACCGCCGCACUGGUAGUCGUGGUAACAUAGAGCUUCCAGUCCUUAAACCUCUACCUCAAACAUUAGCCUGUGACAUGAGAAAAGUACAAGAGAUGACAGAUAUAAAGACAGAUGUGGGUUGUGCCAGGGCGUGGGUCCGGCUGUCUUUAGAGAAGAAAAUGUUGUCCACUCACCUAAAAGAGCUCCUCUCAGAUUCCUACCUGCUCAGGAGUUUAUACAAGAGAUAUGCGUUCCUGAGAUGUGAGGAUGAACGAGAACAGUUCCUCUAUCAUUUACUGUCACUCAACGCCAUGGACUAUUUCUGCUUUACCAACGCAUACAUUAACACUGUUGUUCCAUACCGUGUGUUGUUAUACCCAAGUCUGAAGUUUGGUUGCACAACUACCAGUGCCAAUCCCUGGAUCACAUUUGCUGGUCACAUGGGUGAAACAGGUAUUAUAGAAAUACCAAAAGGAGUCCUAGAGUUUUGCGUAGAGCACAAGAAUCUUGGAGUAUUGACCACAUUACGUCUUGGACAUGACAACAGCGGUCUGACACCCAAGUGGCUGAUAGAAUAUGUUCUUAUUAGAAAUGAAAUUUCUGGACAUACAUACAAGUUUCCGUGUGGAAGAUGGCUGGGUAAAGGUGUAGAUGAUGGAAGUAUAGAAAGGUUAUUGGUUGCAGAGCUACUACCACCUAACACUAAUACUGAAGACAUUAUAGCCGCCAUCGGAACUCCUCCGAGGUCAAGGUCACCUGUAUCACCAAGGAGACCUUUGGAACAAGGAGGAUUUACCAUACCAGAUAUACAGGAAAUGUUAGGUCAUGCUGUAAAUGGUCUCAUUAAACAUUACUAUAAACCAGAGAAAGAGAGAGGUAACCUGACCUACCUGUUGUGUGGUGAGAGGGGACUGGUACCAUGUAUAGAACAUAUUUUCUUGUAUGGGUUCAGAUCUGCAAGAAUCUUCCGGAACAAAUUCUACAUUUGGGACUAUCUGGAAAAGGUAAAGACACACCUGGAAGCAACAUUGGAAGGAGAAAUUCGUCGGCCAUCAUCUGACAUUGACAGGGCAGGGUUCUGGAUGUUUUGUAAUUUACUCACCAAAAUAAACAAUGCCGCAGAAUCUGUGGGUAAAGAUGGGAAAUUACAGAUCUUUAUUUGUGUUGCUGUCAGAGACCACACCCUACAAAAAUGGCUUCCAAUGAUUGCCAAGAAUAUAGUAACAGCACAAAUGUACGAGGAGAAAUCAUUCAUGCGUGACAAUGACCUCAUAACUUUCAUCAUACACAUUCUAGACACACUCAACGACUUUGAUAUAAUUCUAGAAUCAUCGCUGGUCCGUGGCUUAAAUAUCUGAGUUUUCGUUUCAUGCUUGACUUGAUGAAUUUAGUGCCAAACUCAUCACUUUUAUUCGGAGGCUAAGCCGUCGUGUAAUUUUUGACAGUGUGUGAACCUAAGCUUGAUAUAUUUUGUCAAAGAACUGUCACUCAUAGGUCAUACUGUCAUUAAAAGUUGCUUAAUUUGAAGUUAUGACAUGCAGUUAGAGAGUGAAAUUUCAUUCCUUUUGAAAGAGUUAGCACUUGCUGCUUGCCCUAGCAAUGAGUUACAAAAAUGUGAACCUUAGAAUAUUGAGAAAAAAAAUGUCAGUUUCAUGGCUUGGCUCGACACUUCAGCAUUUUAUUGAGCAUUUAAUUAUUUCCCAUUUUUAUGGAAAUUAUUAUAAACCUUUACAAUGUGUCACUGAAGCUGCAAAGCAUAUGCCAUCAGCUCAGAAUGCAGCCAACGUGCUUACAUGCAUUCAGUCUAUUUGAACAGUCUGUAUACUGGUGCUGAACAACUUCCAAACUUACAUAUGAUAUCACUGAAAUAUAAAAUGUUUCAACAUGAAAGCUGGUGGCACACGUAUAGGGUUCAGCAGGUGAAUAGUGUUCUUUGUUGAGAUAUGAAUUUCUCAAGUUGAUAUCAAAUGUGUGUAUUUUAUACUUAAUUUAGUCAUAAUAUUCACCUCUACAUUGCAUAAUCUAGUGAAUAUACUGUAAACAGGUCUCAUGUUUAUAUAAUGAUAUAUGCAUGGCAACGCUUUUUAAUCCUAACCACACAUAUACCUAAAAUGAACUUGUCCAUCUUUAAGUCUGGACGAAACCAUUCAUAAAAAUAACAGUAUUUACCCAUCUAUAAGUCAGACCACUUAUAAGACAAGGGUCCUUAUUUUGACUUAAAAGUUGCAGUUUCUGCAUUGACCCUUUUAUAAGACUGGAGUAGUUUUGAUUUGAUAUAACAUUUUUAUAAUGUUAACAAAAUAAACUGGGCUUUAUAUCGUUAGAUAUGUAAAAACCUUUUAUCAAUUAUGAUAUUUACUUGGGAACUAUUUUUCAUGCUUCUUAUUUAAAAAGCCUAAUCACACAUGUGCGACUAGUUUAUUGUGGCAAGGUUAAUCUGUUUGUUUCCUUCAUAUUGUCAAGGUAUGUGAUAAAUAGAAUAUAAUAGAAUUGCCAAAGUCUGGCUGCAUACUGUUUCAUUCAACUCAUUCAUUAAGUUCAAUAUGGAUUCCACACUCAUAAGAUAUCCUCUCAUUGUUCUUCAUUAAGAUCUAUUGUUUUUAAAAUUAUUGUUUUCUAUGCUGUAAGCUUUAUGUUCAUUUAUAGAGCAUUUUAUCAAAAAAGACACUGAAAUUAAACUCUUCCAUCAUGUAUGUGUACAGUAUAUAUGUGGAUUUAAAAAAAAGUUUUACUCUCAAGUGUGGGAAGUGCUCCUGUUUAAUGAUGGACAAGUAUUAAGCUGGCUAGGAGGUUAAACAUAAGGGAGUACAUGUAUUAUGUAUUAGGAUUGUAUUUAUACCUUAAUGUCUUGGACAACUCAUAGGAGAAGCUAUAAAGCUGCCAUUUAGAGCCAUUUCAAUAUUUUUUGUUUAUUUAUUUUUUGUUUGUUUUCUUAUUGAAAGGUUUAAUGGCCUUAAUACUCAUUAGUUAUGGUGAUAUUGAAGUACAUGACGGUUAUAAACCUUUGUUCAUAAUAUAUACAGUGAAAUUUUCUAUAUUUACAGUGGAUUUAAGUGGAUAUUUUGCUUUAUUAACAGUGGAUUUAAAUGGAUUUGUUCUAUAUUUACAGUGGAUUUAGGUAGAUUUGUUCUGUAUUUACAGUGGAUUUAAGUGGAUUUUUUGCUUUAUUAACAGUGGAUUUAAGUUGAUUUGUUCUAUAUUUACAGUGGAUUUAGGUAGAUUUGUUCUGUAUUUACAGUGGAUUUAAGUGGAUUUUUUUCUACAUUCUAUGGUCAAUUUAAGUUAGUUUAGCCCACUGUAAAGCACUUGUUUGACAUAGAAAAUUUUAAUGAAAUUCAUUAUAAAAAUUAUGUCUUGGCUUCAAUUUUGUUCAAAAUAGUUAAAUAUUAGAUGCAUGUAGUAUGUGAAAUAAGAUUAAAUGAAAUUGUACAAUAUAUAUAUAAUAAUAACUGUUUGAUUGAAAAAUCUAAAGCAAUUUUAUUUUAUCCAUGUACAUGUAUUUGGAGUUUCUUAUGAUAACUUUUGACCUCAUAUUCAAAUUUGUAAUCAGAUUUGCACCUUUUAUUCCAACAACUGGAAGCAGGACUUGUGUUUCUAUUUUUUGUUUUUCAUUUUUUCAAAGUUAGGAAUAAACCAGAUUACAAUUUUGUUGUUGUUGAAGUAUUGAGAUUCUUUGACAAAUCAAAAGUAUUUACUGAUUAAUAUGUACAUGCUUGUUUAAGACAUUAGUUUCACUCGACUGUUUAUUUGUAAACUUCACUUAAAGUGAACUUAUAUUUGUUUCUGAUAAUCUUGCCACUUUGUUUUAUACAUGUUCAUGUAUAAUGUAUUAAUGAAUAAUGUUGCAAUGGACAUUUCCUGUUGUUUAGAAGAGAAAAAUAAAAACGGCUUCAGCUUUUCUAAAUGAAAAGCCAAUUUGCUUAAAACUGUAAACACUGGAAAUGUACAUUUUUUCAAAAUUGUUGGUUUUUUAACAAUGUUAUAUGAAUACUAUUUUACAAGUCACUUUUACAUUAAAUAUGAAUUUGAGAAUUUUGAGACCAAUAAGUUAGCUUUAUUUUCAGAGAUUUAAAAUAAGCCAAUGGUUGAGCUUUAUUUUUCUGAGAAUUUAAAUUGGCCAAUGGUUGAGCUUUAUUUU